AUGGAGGGAAGCGAGGAGUGCUCUGCAUCGGGCACUCACCAACUGGUGGGUGAGCGAGAGGAACUCGUCAAGCUGGAGGCGACUUACGCCAACCUUGUCAUCCGCAAGAAGAUCCGCACCCUCUCACUGGCCUACCCCCAGUGGCGCUCCAUCCGUGGCGACGGUAAUUGCUUCUACCGAGCCUUGUGGGUCGGGCUUGUCGAGGACGCAGUCGGCCGAGGCGGUGACCCUGUCGAGGCGCUUCGCGGGCGCUUCCAAACGGCGGAGGCCACACUGCAAGCGUCUGCCGCACCAGCGCUGACAGAAGAGGACUCGUGGCGGCAGGUGCGGCAGCACUUCGCCAAGGAGGAGGCGGAGAAGAAGACGGGCACGCGCGAGUGGGCGCGAUGGUACGAGGACAGCGAGACCUCGGAUAUGUUCGUGCGCUAUCUCAGAUCGCUGACGUCGCGAUCGCUCGAGCAGCGACGGGACGAGCUGGCGGUCUUCCUGCCCGAGGGCCAGGCCCUGGCCGACCGGCGCGCGCUGGCCGAACGCAUGGGCGAAGAGGCCGAGCAGCUGGAGAUGAGCGCCCUCCUCGCCACGCUCGACGUGGGCGUGCGCGUCUACCAGCUCGACCGCAGCGAGGGUCCGUUCGCCGUCUAUAUUCUGCCCGACGAGCGUUUCAAGGGCCGUGGCGAGCUGGUGACUCUGCUCUAUCGACCCGGCCACUACGAUCUCCUCUACAAGCGCGCCUGA